CAUCGAGGAGGGAGGGGAUAUUUUAAUGGCCGUCAGUUGCACUUCAAAAUGCAAAAACUCCGGAUUAUCCUCAAUAUUUAGAUUGGGGUAGCCUAAGGAGCGUUUUAUAGGCAUUUCCUUUGAAACGGGCAUCGCUUAGGAGACAUAUACAUGUUAGAUAUGUGUUUAUAGAACAGUUUCUACUGCACUGAACGGACUUUACCCGCUUGAUUUGUGCGUGAGUAGGUGAUCAGGCCUAGCCGGCUGGCUAGAAAACAAGCGGACGGUUAGCUAUUCGCUGGAGUUGAAAGGGAAUAUGUAACAGCAACAAACAUGACAUCCAGAUUUGGUAAAACAUACAACCGCAAGGGAGGGGAGGCAAAUUCAAAAUUUGAGGAAGUCUUCUCCAAUAAAAAGCCCACUUUGACUACCAAAUGGGGGGAGACCACCUACAAAGCUCAAGUGGGAGCUAAUAGGCCCUUACUAAAACCUGAUGAAUCUCAGGCUUCCAAGAGACCCAGGCUUGAAGACAGUGAUAGUGAAGAAGACCCAUUUGGGUUUGACAGUGAUGAGGAGUCCAAGACCGUGACCUCUCACAGUUUGUCUGAGACAAAAUUCACAGAGAGGGAUUUAACGACGGCUGCAGUGCAGAGUAGAUCUGCAGUUUCUGUUGUAACCUCUCCACAGAGCUCUACAAUUGUAACAGCUACACUCACAAGUAAGCAAGUGUCAGAAGGAGAGGAUGUUAAAAACAACCAGCCCUGGUACAAAAGUGCAUCAGUUGGCAACCAAAAACCUGCAUGCGCGACCUCUCUCACAGUCAUUUCUGAUGAUCAGAACUUCUCAAUUUCCCAGAAGCCUGUUUCCUUUUCUCCUGCUUCAGACACCUCACUUAUUCUCUCUACCAGUGUACCCGGAGUAAGCAGAGAUCUCCAAACCCCUUCCUCUUAUGAUGAACUUUUGACAGAGGAGAUAAAGAAUGCUGAGCAGGAGCUUUCCACAGAGCCACCACCAGAACCAGUAGACAACAUUCCCCCUUCGCCAUUUACCCUCAGGGCCUCAAACUGCAAGAAAUACCAGCGGCCCAACCGGCUUAACAAAAUGGAGUGUGAACCUGCUGAAGACAAUGGCAAAAAGCCCACCGACACAGCGAGUGCCCAAGAUAAACCCAACAGUGUCCUUUCUGCUAGUGCAAGUAGUACUGCUGCCAGUGCUAAAACAGCAGCCAAGCCAGCAAGCCGUGGUGGUGGGAGGGUGCGGGACUAUACAGUUCUGCAUCCUUCCUGUCUGUCGGUGUGCAACGUAACUAUCCAGGACUCAAUGGAACGAACCAUUGAUGAAAUGGUAACCCCGGCUCCCCCUGCUGAUGUUGGAGAAGCAGGGCAGAUGAAGAAAAAGUCUGAUGCGCAGCCACCCAAACCUGCUAGGUUCAGAACCACCCAGACAAAGACAAAGAAAACUAAGACUGAGACUAAGUUGGAGUUCUUCGGCUUUGAGGAUAAAGAAGGCGAGGAAGACGAGGAGGGUUCAGAGGUUGGCAUGGCAGGCAAGAGUAACUACAAGAUCAAAUAUUUUGGCUUUGAUGACCUAAGUGAGAGUGACAGCGAUGAUGAGAGCUCUCAGGCCAAAGAGAAGAAGGCCAAGAAGGCGGCUGCAGCUUUAGCUGCUCUGAGCUCCAGUGUGGACAGUCCGCAUACUAGUGACUCUCAGGACAGUCAGGCCAGCAGCAAUACAGAUGCUUUUGAGUUCUCGGAUGACUUCAGUCCUGGUGGAACAGAGGGGCAGAGAGGGCGAACUGGGAAGCAAAGUGACAAAUCCAAGGACAUUGGUAGUGGACUCAAAAAGAUUUUCAGUGGACCCAAAAAGUCCCCUUCUAAAGCUGUGUACAAUGCUCGCCACUGGAACCAACCUGAGCCUGAGGAGAUACCAGUUCCUCCACUUUCUCGGUCUCAGACUGCUCCGGCCAUGUUGUCAAGCAGCAGCAAGGACAGCAACUCCCAUAAAGAUGAUGGCUUGUUCAAAGCCCCUCCACCACCACCCAAAGUCAUUAAGUCAGAGACCAUCCCCACACGACUCAACCAGGAUAUUGUCACAGCCCUCAAAUGCAGAAAGGAAGACAAAGAGUUGUACACAGUGGUGCAGCAUGUGAAACACUUCAAUGACGUGGUAGAGUUUGGAGAGAAUCAAGAGUUCACAGACGACUUUGAGUACCUGGAGACGGGACUGAAAAGCAGUCAGCCACUUAACACAAGAUGCCUUAGUAUAAUAAGCCUGGCAACACGGUGCGCCAUGCCCAGUUUUAGGAUGCACCUCCGGGCCAGAGGAAAAGUGGCGCAGGUCUUUAAAAUGCUCAGUGAUGCUCCACAACACCCGAACCUUGCUCUGUGCACUGCUGCCCUGAUGUACAUUCUAAGUCGGGAUCGUCUUAACAUGGAUCUGGAUAGAGCAUGUCUGGAGCUAAUGAUCAAACUACUGGAACUAGACCAGGACUACUCGGGCCACCAGGACCAGCUCACCGCAAAAGAAGUGGCAAAAGUUAAGGAGAAGAUCAGGAAGCUGUGUGAGACUGUGCACAACAGGCACCUCGACUUGGAAAACAUCACGACGGGCCACCUUGCCAUGGAGACAUUGCUCUCUCUUACAUCAAAGAGGGCUGGGGAUUGGUUCAAAGAAGAACUGCGACAAUUAGGAGGCCUGGACCAUAUAGUAGACAAAGUGAAAGAGUGUGUGCAGAACCUGAGCCAAGAGGAUGACAAAGAAAACCUUGUUGCGUCUUUAUGGGGAGCUGAAAGGUGUCUGAGAGUGCUGGAAAGUGUGACAGUGCAAAACCCAGAAAAUCAGGGAUACCUGAUUGCCUACAAAGAGUCACAACUCAUUGUCUCGUCUGCCAGAGCUUUGCGAUACUGUGAGGAUAUGAUCCAGCGGUACAGCAGGGCGUUAAACAACAGUGCUCUGUCAUCGUCGGGUGCGACGCAGCCCCACUGCAGCUUCAGCAACGUGGGCAAGGCAGUGGAGGAUUGUAUGAGGGCUGUUAUAGGGGUGCUGCUCAACCUCACUCAUGACAAUGAGUGGGGAAGCACUAAGACGGGUGAGCAGGAGCAGUUAAUAGUGACGGCUCUAAAUUGUGUCCUGAGAGUCCCGCGCUACAUCCCACAGGAGCAACGCUUUGAUGUGCGAGUAUUGGGUUUGGGUCUACUAAUUAACCUUGUGGAGUACAGCUCCAGAAACCGCCACUGUCUGGUUGACAUGGAGUAUACUGUAGAAGACACCUGUUUGGAAGACAGCCUGAUGCAGCCUGCUGACCCAACACAAACAGAGUCAGCAACAGAGACAACAGAGACUCAGGAAGACGGGGCUGACAAGCCCAAGUCGUCUGGAGCUUUGGCUGCCCUGGUAAAGCUGUUCCUUGAGAGGGAGCGCGCUGCCAUCCUGGCUGAGGCGAAGACCGAUGACCUCAUCAGCGAAGCCCCCAAGCCGGCGCUGGACCAAAGCGGGGAGUGGCAGGAGACAUCAGGAGAGAUCCAGUGGGUGGCGUCUGAAACCACCGACAGCCAAACUGAGAAGAAAGAAGAAGAGGAUGAAGAGUUGGACCUAAAUAAAGCUUUGCAGCAUGCAGGCAAGCAUAUGGAGGACAGCAUUGUUGCCUCCUACACUGCUCUGUUACUGGGAUGCCUCUGCCAGGGCAGCCAGAUAAAUGUGACUACUGUGAGAGAGCAUCUUCCUAAAGGAGAUUUCUCUAUCAUGACAGAAAUGCUGAAGAAGUUCUUGAGUUUCAUGAACCUCACUUGUGCUAUGGGCACCACCGGACAGAAGUCUAUCUCACGGGUCAUCGACUACCUGGAGCACUGUUAACACUCGGUGAACAACAGCAACUGGACACUUUUUAGGGAUUCCAGGAGACUCUAGUCCCCAGCUACCUAACAGGAGCCACAAGGGGCCAUCGAAGUUGCCACUCCCUUUGACUUCACUUGAUCACCCAAUGUUGUGAUCACUCAGAAAUCUAAUAGAUUAAUGCAUACACAGAUAUGUGUGUAUGUAACACGCAUAUCAGUGGAGCACAGCCUGAACCAAAGCCCUGCUAGCUAAAAGACAUCCUUUCUUUUUUUAAAUUCCUAGUUUCCGUCAACUAACGCCACAAUUCCAGUCGAACCCAGAUUCAUCCUCAUAUCGGACUCUGCAGAGGCCAGGCUAAAUAAUUCUGCAAGCUGCUCAAUAGUUGGUGGAAUGUCAGAUAAAAUGGACUGGCAGCAGACCCCCUCCAUUCAUCGUCCCAAAACAACAACAGGCCACAGAGGAGGAGAGUCCUGUCUGCUGUCAGGUCCUGAUUUCUGGUUGCGUAGCUGAGUGUGAACAUCUGAAUCAGAUUAUAUGGAUCAUUACAUUUUUAAUCUUCGCUUAUCCACGUCCAAGCCAAGGGUGAAAUCAUUGAUCAGCAGGAGAAUCAAUCAUUUUCAUGGGUGUUAGAAUGAUGUUGAUAUGUAAACCUGUGUGGAAUGAUUCUGAAUGCAUACAUCCAUUUAUUACAUGUUUGCAGUUAGACUGAAUGUUUAAGGGAAAGAGGACUUUGAAACCUUAAGUUUUAUGUUUUUAUUUUACCCUAAUCUUUUAUUAGCUUUCUUUUAUUCUAAGGACAUUUUUAUUCCUAAAGGGCAUUUUUACCCCCAAAAUGAUGAAUUCCUGUUUAAGAAAUCAGGACUCAGCAACACAUCGGUUAUUGAGAGGAUGUCCUUUUAAUUUGACUGAAAUAACACUUGGAAAUGACAUACUAUCAUGAAAUUUCUAUUUCCUUGUGAUUCAUUUAGUUAGUCUCUCCCCCCCCCCCCCCAGUUUUAGAGAAUUUAAAUUUUAAUUAAGUGAACUGUGUGUGUGUGUGUGUAAUAAUUACUAUAUGCAUUUUAAAUUCACAGGUAUAACACAUGUAAUGAAUUACUCCAGAUGAUGGUUGUGCUUCAUUUUUACAUUGUAAUGAAAUCAUUUUUUAAAGAAACGUAUUUAAUUUAAUGCUUUCUCCUUCUGUCAUGUAAAUGUAAAAUCUUUACUCAGUGAGAUGUCAUCAUGUUUCGAUAUAAUCAACCCGAUUAGACGAGCUCAGUGGCUGGACUUAAUACAUGUGACUGCAUUUGCGAAAUUAUAGUUUUGGCUGAAAAAGGCACGUCUUUAAAAUCUAUUAAAUAAAAAGUGAUUUUAUGCUCACAUUUGUUCAGCCACAUGCAGCUUCCUGUUUUAAACUCCUAGUGUUACAACAUGUCCCCAUUGGACAAUUUGCAUUAAGCUCCCAUUUAUUUAUUCUGCUGUGGUGUCAUUUUACUCGUGAUUAUGCACCCGAAACCUCUGAAAAGCCUCCGUCGUGUACUGCUCAUAUGUACGAUCACUGAACUGAACUAAAUGACAGCCAUACCUGUAUAAACAUCAGUUUUAUCUGGUUUGUAGGGCUGCAGUGAACAUAACUGCAACUGUGUUUACUGUUGAUUACUUUGCAAAAUUUUGAUCUAAAUGGAAUUUUAGAAUGUAAAUACUCCUGUAAAUAGCAGUUAAUGGACAUUUAAGAUACUUAGGCUGCUUUGCCUGCCCCCCCCCCCCCCCCUCCCUGAAGCUGAUAUUUUUAUUUUAUACAAUAUUUCUGAGUUGUUUCAAAAAGUAAAAAUUGCAAGAUGACAAAAAAAAAUUGUUUCUACCCAUUUAAAGGACAUUGUCUCUGGUUACAUGUAAAUAGUUGUAUCUCAAGAUGAAAAAAAAUAUGAAAAAUUGCUACUUUCA